CCCGGCCGCCGGCCCGCCCCUCCUUCGCGGCGCUCGCUGCAGGGCACGGGGCUCGAAAGAUGGAGGACUACGGGCGAUUCUUGGCGUUCCUGGCUUCUUCGCUGCUGGUCGGCUUCGUGUCGGUCAUCCUCUCCCUCGUCUGGGUCUUCCACUACCGCGAGGGGCUGAGCUGGGACGGCGGCCCGGCGGAAUUCAACUGGCACCCCGUCCUCAUCAUCACGGGCUUCGUCUUCGUCCAGGGCAUCGCUAUUAUUGUGUACAGAUUGCCCUGGACCUGGAAGUGCAGCAAACUCCUAAUGAAGUUCAUACAUGCUGGAUUAAAUACUACAGCUAUGAUUCUUGCAAUCGUUUCUAUGGUAGCUGUGUUUGAUUUCCACAAUGCCAAGAACAUUCCUAACAUGUACAGUCUGCACAGCUGGAUUGGGCUGGCUGCUGUUAUAUUUUAUUCUCUGCAGCUGUUCUUGGGUUUCGCUGUCUUUCUGCUCCCGUUUGCUCCAGUUCGUCUCCGUGCAGCUCUCAUGCCAAUACACGUUUAUUCAGGUCUUACCAUCUUUGCAACAGUGAUUGCAACAGCCCUCAUGGGAAUCACAGAAAAGCUUAUAUUUGCUUUGAAAAAUCCUGCAUACAGUGAAUCCCCACCAGAAGCAACUUUGGUCAACUGCCUUGGUCUUUUGCUUGUCAUAUUUGGUUCACUUAUUUUGUGGAUGGCAAGCAGACCCCAUUGGAAGCGGCCCCCAGCAGAGAAUGCAAAAAUUCUGAGCCCCAUUGGAGCAACUCCUGAAGGCACAGAAGCAGAAUCCACAAUGACAAACAGUAGUAAUGCAGAUAAAUCUGAUCUGAGGAGCAAUACUGAAGCAGUCAGAAAACAAAACAUCAAAUUUGAUGAAGCAGGACAAAGGUCAACUAUGUAAAGAAAAUACACAGAAUAGAAGUACUAUUAUACCUCCAAAUUCCCCCUGGUGAGGGUCAUUCUAAUGUAGUUAUAUUGAUACAUAAGUAGGUUGGGGGUUCAUUUUCAAUAUGGCUUGCUGAAAGAUACUCAAGUUUUCUGCAUAUGUAUUUAAAUUCCUGUAAGUCCCAAGCAUAUUUUAUUGGUCCAUGACUAGUCCAUGCCUUAUUUAAAUAAACAAGAGCAUGAAUGACAUCACAUAAUGGGAAUAUCACAUAAUUGGAAACUGUCGUACAUAUCACUUCUUAAUUUAAUGCUUUUAUCUCUUAUAGUCAUGAAGAAUUUAACAAGAUUCCAACUAAAUUUUGCUCUUGAGUGCUUUUGCAAGUUAUGAAUCAGCCAUGAAGUAUACCAUACAGAAUAAUUUAGUUUGUCACACAUAUAUUUCCUGGUAAUGUUCACUUUUUUAAAGCUCUGAUUUCUCUAGCUGAUUAACCCCCUGACUGGCUGCUAUGUUCUAUGGGAUUUGAGGUCAUUCUGCACUUUACAGAGUUGCUUCAUAAAAAUGUUUAUUCUAAAAUUUUUAAUUAAAAAAAAGAGAAAAGUUUGCUAGAUAUCUUCAUAAAAUGUUUUAUUUCCUUUAGAAACUUCUGGGGUUUCUGGUGUUGUUUUUUUUAAAUCAGAAUGUAUCUGUUGACCUUUCAGUAUACCAGGUAUACUGUAUGCAGACACUAUUUGGCUUUGAAUUAUGUGCAAUUGUUAGUGUAAUCUAAGAACUGUUAAAAACGUCCAAAUGCAGAAUUUAUCUUAUUUGAAAAGCAAUAGAAACACACUUAGAAAAAUAUAUCACUUAAAAUAAGUCUUCCUUUUAUCCUAAAAGGCAGCAUUUAAUAUCUUUAUUUGAUUGCACAGCUCUGUUGAUUUAUGGUACCAGACUAGAAAUUAGGAGGUUAGAAACCAGAAAAAUCUGCUAUCAGUCUCACAGAAAAAAAAAUUAACUUCAAGUGAGAAAUACUUUCUCUGAGACACAGGUGAGCUUUGCUGUUUUAAUAAAAUGUUAACUGAACGCCAGUUUGGGCAUCUCCACACUGACAUCAAAAGCAUUAUUAUCACAGGCAUGAAGACAUGCUUUGGUCUGUAAGUAAUCUAUACAAACUCUAUCACUUUUUAAUUUGAAAUUACAGUUUUAAAGAAUGUAAUUUUCUCUAAAAAUGAGGAGUCCCUACUGGCACUUUACUUUUAUAGCUCUUUCUAGUAACUGAAGUAUUAAUGUAUUAUGCUCAUUCAGUAAUUUCACAGAUACAAACAAUAUUUAUACUUUUACUAUUAUGGAAGAAUAAUUAUAGUAGAUUAUUUGGACUGCACAUGUCCAAAAUGAUGAGCCAUUCUAUUAUCUCUUGUAAAAGCUGCAGAGCCCACUACAAAUACGAAUUUACCACUGUUCAUGCUGGAAUAUAGAUAGCUGUAGACAGCAAAUAAUUUCCUAUUUUUUAAAUAGUACAUAAAUUUUUAUCUACUCCAGCUUUUAAAAACAUUUUAAUACAAUACUCUUCAACAAAUGUGCCAUUUUUGUAGCUCACUGUGUGUUAGUACAAACUAUUUUGGACAUUUGAGUUAUUUUGGGUCUUCUCUGACAAGAAGUGCCUCAGUUCCUGGUAUUUGAUUUUUAAUAAUAUUUUAUUAUUUGGUGAAUGCAAUAUAGAAAGCUAGCAUAAUAAAAUAUUUUAAAAACUUUUCUGCUGCACCGUUUGGUACUCAAGGACGACAUCCCAGAGUUCUAUGGUUUCAAUUAUAUGUUUGUGGGUGACUGGGACCAACCUCACAUUGGUGUAUUUUUCUACUGUAGAAAAUACCUGCUUUUAAUGUACAAUUCAGGUAUGACAGAAGGAACACUAACCUAAACUGCUAAACUAAUGUGUGAGCACUUCUCCAGUCCCACAAUGUGCAAUGAAUCAAACAGUGAAGCAUGACAGAGGAAGUGAAUAAACGAGCUCACUUGCAGUAAUUUACUAUGCAGCUUUCUAUACUGCACUCACACAGGCAACAGCAUUUUAAAUUGUUAUGUAUUGCCUGUUACUGUGCCUCAUCCACCUGUGAAAAUGAGCUCACUCAAUCCUUGCAUAGUACUAGGUCACAUAAUAAAAGCAUAUGUUUGUAUGGAAGGUAGUCAGUUGCCUAGGGAUUGUUCUGGAAGAAAGUAACUGUACAGUGUACUGGAAAAAACACAGAAUCCAUGACUUCUUUUGUUACAACACUGAGUUGGAUGUAUUGAAAUGAACAGCUUUUAGGUGCUUGCUUCUGUAUGCUGUCAAAUGAGCAGCAUGUCUUCUGGUUUCCAUUGUAUUCCAUGUACUGUUCAAGGGGAGUGCUACUUGAAAAAAGAAUGGUGGCAUUUCUUUACUCCUCUAUUCUCAUGAAGUGCAAGGUACAAGUACCACCAAGGUUGUGGGGCAGACCCCAGAUGGGCCAUUUCCCUAAGGGCUGGGCUCGAUGAUCCUUCUGGGUCCCUUCCAAUUGCAACCACUCUGUGAUUCUGUGAUAUCAAACUAACUGAAAAACAAGGAUUAGCAACCUUUUGAGGGGAGCCUCCCAGAACAUAAUUUUGGUUUUCAACUUAGAGGUUAAACAUGAUAGUAGAAACUCAGUGGAAGCUGGAAGACUGCAUUUGGGGAAUUGAUAAUCAGUGAUAUCUCAUGUGCAUUGUGGCUGAUCUUUGGGAGGUCCCCAUGAGAUGCAGUAGCUGUGAGCUCCUAAACCUUGAUCAACCUUGGUGUGUGCAAUUUAAAACUGACAAAACAUACUAUAGUCUUCUGGCUUAAUUCUAAAUUGAUUUAAAAGACCUCUAAGUAUCCUUGCAAAAAAAUGAGGUUAGUUCAAUGCUAAAUAAAAAUGCAUCAGCACUAUGCACAGGAAUUACUCUUUGGAGUAAUAGUCCUGCUCCUCAAAGUGGCCUUCCAUUACCUUUCCUUUCAUGCAAACUUUCUUACCUGUAUUUAUGAGUUAUAUAAAUACAGUCGCAACAUAGGAAAUGAAAAUGUAUUUUCAGAGAUACAAAUGGAAGGUAGAACUCUAGCUUUACCAUGGGUAUUUUUCUGCAUGUUUGGAAAUCAUCUACAUGGUUGUUUUUACAGGAAUGUGAUUGUAGAGCUUACAUUCCAGGUUUGGAUUCCUAUUAAAAAACGGGAAGUUACACAACCUGACAUUGAAAGUGCUAUCUUUUUCAGUUGCCUGAGAAAAAAAAUACUAUAUUUACAUGCUGUCAUACAGUACUAUGCACAGAAGCAGAAGAGUGUUUUUUCCAACAUUAAGGAACUGAGAAAUGAUGGUGCAAAUUGGAUUCUAAAAUUGAAUGUAAUGAACAUGUAUGCAUCUUAAUACAUGUAGCCAAGAAUAUUGCAUAUGAUAAUGUAAAUAUGGAUUAAUUGUUUACAUAGAUAUUUUAUUGAGUGACUAAGAGAUAUUGCCAAAUAUUUUCUAUUUCAGAAGUCUCUUUUGCUUUUACUUCAGAACAUUCCUUCCUCUGUUUUUAACUGUCCACAAGAACCUAAAAAUUUAUUUUAUAAUCCAAAAUACUUAUUUGUAGAUGAGAGCAAAUAUUUAAGUAUAAUAUCUGUUUUCCUUAUUCUUUUUUAUAUAUUAAUAAAAGUGAUUUUUUGAACUUGUGAUA